UUUCGAAUUCAGUGGAAAAGUAGACAAAUAAAAUUAAAGCAGAAAAAUGGUUUCUUUACAGUGGGUCUCGGCUGCUGCAUUUUUGUACAGUGAGCUAUUUGCAGGAUUCCUGCUUUGCUUGCCGUUCAUUUCAAAUGCCAGGUGGAGGAAAAUUUUCAAUUCAAGACUGAUAAGCAUUAUUAAAACUAAUGGAAACUACUUUUUUGUUGUGUCAGUUUUGAUCAUGAUCUUCCUGUUUUUCGAUUCAGUUUUGCAAGUGAGAAAGUAUUCAAAGGUAGAAGCCGCCCAUCAGGUUGAUCUGAAGAACAACCCACAUGCCGAAGUUCAAGCUCAUAUGAAACUGUUCAGGGCCCAGAGAAAUUGUUACAUCACAGGCUUUGCUCUUUUCAUGUUACCUUUCCUCAGGCGGCUGGUUACUUUGAUAUCUUCGCUAGCAGCUGUUGAAGCGUCACACGAGGCAGUUACCAAGCAAGCCCAUGGUGCAACAGAUCAGUGCAAGAAAUUGCUUGAUGAAGUUGAAGAGCUGAAGAAAGGGGGUGCUCUUGUUGGCAAAACUGAGGAAAAGAAAGGAUCAGAAGAAACUGAUGUCAAAAAACAAUUGGAUAAAAAGAAACAGGAGCUGAAGGAAAAAGAGACAGAGCUUGAAAAGAUGUCAAAAGACCUUCAGAGUAUGAAAUCACAAGCUGAAGGACUAACAAAGGAGUAUGACAGAAUACUUGAAGAAAAUGAAAAGCUUCAGAAGAGACUGAUAAUUCUUGGAAAUGAAGAGGAAGGAUCUAAAAAGGACAACUGAGAAGAAGAAGAACAUUUUCUGAUAUGCUCUGCUUCAGUAUUAGUAGCAUACUUAAUACGGACUUAUUCACAUAAAAUUAUGUUUGUUAGAUACAUCAUGAAACAUUGCUAGUACAUUCACUUUCUAAAAUGUCGAUGAUUAAAGUUGCAUCAGCAUAAUUGAUACACUGCUUGCUUCAAAA